AUGGAAUCCUGUCACGAUUUCCCCUACAAAUCCAGCUGCAAUGCCCGUAACGGUUCCUUCUCCUAUACCUGCUGUUACAAUAUCCUGUCAACAAAUUCCUACAAAGCCUUGGUCCUGCCGCCAAGCAUCAACAGCCUGCAAAACCGACGAACACAUUGUACACCAAACCAACAGCCUCUUCUUUUUAGAUCUUACUACAAGCUUUCAGCAUUGUUGAAAAUGACUUCAGACAGAACAAAGGUGGUUCAGUUCCAGCCACACACAAUGUUCAUCAAUAGGGUUGGAUGUAGUCUCUGCCUACAGCAAUCUGAUACUCAGUCUGUCGUAUGGAUACAUCCCACUGAUCCUCCAAAACCAUUUGAGUGGCAGUCGUCAGCUAAAGUUGAACUUUUGAAGUUACGGAUAGAUGGCUACAAAUGGAGUACACCAUUCCGUGUAGGUUAUGAAGGUAUAAUGCACAUUAGUUUGGAAAAAGAUGUUGGAGAUGAAACAAUGCAAUUAAGGGUUGCAGUAAGAAGUGGUGCUAAGAGAUCACGAUUUGAAGUGGUUUUUCGUCUGAAUUCAUUGUCAAGUCCUUACAGAGGUGAAAAUCGUUCGAUGUUCCUACCCAUUCGUUUUCGUCAAGCUGAUGGUAUCGGUGAUUCCUGGCAACUGCUGCUUCCAAACUCUGUUGCUUCUUUUCUGUGGGAAGAUCUUGGUAGGAGAUGUUUGUUGGAACUCUUGGUAGAUGGUACUGACCAAAUGAAAUCACUGAAGUACGAUAUCGAUGAAAUUUCUGAUCACACGCCUGUCCAUGUAGCAGAAGGACCAACCAGAGCGUUGCGUGUUACAAUUGUAAAGGAAGAGAAAACCAAUGUUGUUAGGAUCAGUGAUUGGAUGCCUGAAACUGAACCUAUAGGAGUUAUGAGCCGAAGACAUUCAUCAUCAGUGAAUGAUUCUCAAAAGCAACAGCUAAUGUCAGAUACGGACUUUGAGUUUCACAUCAAUGUUGAUCUUGCUGAGUUUGGGGUGUCUAUUGUUGAUCAUACACCAGAGGAAAUUUUGUACCUGUCUGUUCAGAAUCUUGUUCUGGCAUAUUCAACCGGUUCGGGAUCCGGAAUCAGUAGAUUCAAACUCAAAAUGUGUGGGCUACAAGUGGACAACCAACUGCCAUUACCUCAAUUUCUUCCGUUUGAUUGUAUGCGGCAUGGAUGCCGUGAUGAGUAUGCUUGCUUCAACUUCCUGCUGGAGCAAUAAACCAACUGGGA